AUGGCCUUCUUGCAACAGGUUUUCCCUGUCCAGUUGAUGACUGCAGUGGAAACAUGGACCUCCGCUCCCUCUCCCGUGGCCAUGGUGGGGUUGUCUUCAGAUGCUCGAGGAACAGAAAUCACACCAGAGCAACUUUCUUGUGGUGAACUUGCAGUGCUAAAGGGACAAGUAGGGAGUUCAGUUGAGAGAGCCAUUGAUAUGAUGGAAAUGUUUGUCUCCAUUGAGGAUGAAGUAGAUGCUGACAAAACCAUAUGUGCCAUGGAAACUGGUGAUGUCCAAGACUUAGGUGAGACAGGUCCAUCUGAAGUACCUGUACAGAAGGGAAUUGAAAAUAUUGAAGCAUCCUGCAGUUGGAUAACAACUUUUCUUAAGAAGAAAGAGAACAGCUCCAUCCACGGCUUCCAAGUCAAAAAGCACCACUACCACUACCUUUACCACGUCCACCGCUACAUCCUCAGGCUCUAGAUUAUCUAAAAAAUUGAAAUGUAAUAUAAUUUGAAAUUCACUACAUAUAAUGUACUUAA